AUGUCAAAUUUCUCGCCAUAUGCGAAUGUAAAAUGCGAACCGCAGCCGUCAACCAGCACAGCCAAUGAGACAACACUGCCACUGAACUCCCCGUGCCAUCCAUCACCAGCGUUAGCUCGUUCAGUACCAUCGUCCCAGGAAGCAACGUCGCCGUCGGAAACCGCUGGCAAAGAUUUUGUGUUUUUUACGUGCGUCACAUGUCGUCAUCAAUGCAGUGAGGAGGAUGAGUCGUCCUCCUGCUGCCUGCUCACAUUCAUCAUCGCACUAUUGAGACCCUUUUUUUGCAGGACGGAGUUGGCCAACCAGGCUGCAUUGGAUUUUGAAAAAGAGCGUUUUGACAGCCUUCUCGAAUGGCAUAUAAAGUAUCGUAAGCGCAAAGAAGCCGAGCGAAAUGCUGACGAUGUGGUAUCGGAAAAGGCGUCCAGCUCGGUAUCAACGGAGUCGACCCCAGUUGACACGUCAGAGAGGAAGCCAGAGAAACGAAAGGCAGAGAGCGAUCCUGAGGAUCAAGUAUCCAAAAAGCCCACUUAUAUGGAUUUGAGUGCUCCAGAUGUUUCCACGAAAAAGGUUGAAGAAACGCCGUUAAGGAGAAUGGAAAUGAUGACAAAUUCGUCGGCGUUCAGCACGUCGUCGAGUAUUAACGAUGUUGUAGAGGCGCCCGCAAACGGACUUUGUAAGAAAGACGAGCGUUCGAUGAAAUUAGAGAAACUUGGCGAGAUGGAGCGGCAAGUUGAAGCUGAAAGGUUACGUGUCGAAUGGGAAAAGGAAGUGCAAGCGCACGAGAUGAAGAAACUCAUGAAUACCCAAGGACUUUCACCAUAUCCUUCCCCGAUGUACCCUCGAGCUCCAGCCCCAGGGCCUCAGGGAACUUUGUAUCCCAUGAGUUCCUUCCCGACGCGAUAUCCACCUGGUUCGGCUCCGUAUCCGAUGGGAAGUAUGGGCUAUCCGCAAGGUUAUCCCAAUGGAACAUCUUUCCCUCCAGGUUAUCCCAUGUCGGCCCCCGGGAACUCUCAGAUCCCAUCUCCGGCGUAUAUUGGAGAUCCGCUGGCUUUCAAAGGCGCUGCACCGCCUCCGGGAAUGAGCCCACAUCACCCGAUGUACGCUCAUAUGAUGGCUGCUAGAGCAUCUGCCGGUAUGCAGUCGCCAGUGCCGGGACCAGGAUAUCCGGGUGAUCCCAGUCGGUUAGGGUUUCCUAUGCCAGGACACUCACCGUCCGCGAGUCCGUUCUAUCCGACUCCUUUCCCUCCGCAUCCGUAUGCACAGAUGCCAUAUGGACAUCCGGGCAUGACAAAGGGAAUGGUCCCACCUCCACCGUACCCAUUUCCGCCGAGUGGAAUGAUGCCAGGUGGUCCAGGAAUGCCAUCCAAUCCAGGUAUGAUGAGAAGCGAUGCGAUGAGCUGGCAAGGAGGUGCACCACCGAACUACCCGCCGUCAUUUCCCAGCGUUCCUGGUGGACCCACACCACCAGUACCGUGUCAGCAUUUGACGCCACCGAAACAGGGUUUAGCUGUCUAG